AUGGCCGGCAAUCUUCGCCCGCCAACAGCACCAUACAGCGAGCCCCUUCUUCCCCAGCUCGAUAUCCGCAACCCCUAUUACACAGACCUGCACCACAACCUUCGCGCCACAGUACGCGAGUACGUAGACACAUACAUCGCACCAUACGCGCAUGAAUGGGAAGAAGCAGGCCAAGUCCCUGAAGCUGUCCGAAAACGCCAUUGUCAACUAGGGUAUAGUAUCGUGCACCCGCUCACGAGCGAAGAGGAUUCAGCCGGUCUUUCUUUGCCUGGAAAUGUCCCACGCGAGAAGUGGGAUACCUGGUGCUCGCUCAUCGUCUCUGACGAGCUGACGCGAGUGGGUUAUGUUGGCGUGAUAUGGGGGCUUGGCGGCGGGAAUGCGAUUGGGUGUCCUCCGGUCGCACGGUUCGGGACAGCCGAGCAAAGGAGGAAAUGGCUUCCCAAUGUUGCGAGGGGAGAUGUGAGGUUCUGUUUGGGAAUCACUGAGCCUGAUGCGGGAUCUGAUGUUGCUAAUAUUAGAACGACUGCUCAGCGGGAGGGAGAUCACUAUAUCGUCAACGGUGCGAAGAAGUGGAUCACGAACGGUGUUUGGGCAGAUUAUUGCACAACUGCCGUUCGGACGGGCGGUCCUGGUAGAUCUGGAAUUAGCUUGCUCGUUAUCCCGUUGGGUAUUCGUGGGUUUGACGAUGUACGCGUGCCCGUCGCAAAUCUUCUUGGACAGGAGAACAAGGGUUUCCCCCUCAUCAUGUCGAACUUCAACCCUGAGCGACUUGCUCUCGCCUGCGCAUCGCUGCGACUCGCUCGCGUUUGUGCCGAGGAUGCAUUCAAUUAUGCUAUCCAGCGGGAGACAUUUGGAUCGCCUCUGAUUGAGAAACAGGCCAUUCAAUCUAAGAUCUUCAAAUUUGGGCUCAUGAUUGAACCUGCGUAUGCGUUCAUGGAGCAGCUCGUCAAUAUUCUCGAGAGUACGAAAGAUCGUAGAACGGACGAUGUUAACAUUGGUGGCAUGACAGCUUUGCUGAAGGUUAUGUCAACCAGGGCUCUCGAGAAGAGCGUUCGCGAAGCGCAGCAGAUCCUCGGAGGAGCUGGAUAUAACAAGGCUGGAAAGGGUGCUAGGAUUGAACAGAUUAGUCGUGAUGCUCGAGUCCAUGUGGUUGGAGGUGGAAGCGAGGAAAUCAUGGCUGGGCUUGCACUGCGGGAGGAGACAAAGGCGCUUCGUACUCGGAGAUCUGCAUUGGAGAAGAGACCAUCUAAGGUCUGA